AGUGCGGCAAUUAUUUUUCAUUCUAACUUUCACUUCUUUUACCGAGCCAUCAGAAAGAUGCCCUCUACCGUAGAAAACUUUCUCUUGGAAGAUAAAGUGGCUGAAGCCACCGCGUAUGUCCAGGGAGACAAUGUAGAGUACAGAACUUUAGAAAACAUAAAAAUCGAAGACGAAGAUAUUGUAACCUAUGCAAUGCUUCUUUCGAUAAAGAAGCCCAAAAAGUCGGCUAGGACACUAGUUGGAAAAAAAACCAUGAUUGCAGAGUAUGAUCGUCUCUUCCUUUUCAGAGAGGUGAUCGAGGGAAAAUUAUUUUACGUGCUGUGUAAAUAUCAGACGAAUACCAACUGUCUCUUAUGGGCUGAAGAUGACAUCUUCAUUGGGAGUUGCGUCGCGUUCUUCGAACCAACAUUGGAAGGAGAUGUACACGGCAUACCUCUGAUCCAAUGCGAAACCAGACCUGUGCCUAUUAUCGUCGACCUUGCGAAAAUAAAAAUUUCGCCAAUACUGCCAACUCUCCAAGACUCUGAGCAUCUCACGUCUUUCUUCAUAGAAGUCAGUGAUAUCGACUUUUGUAGGAUAACACCUGAACGGGCCUGCGCUUCGCGCCAAUGUGAUAGCCAUCACAUGACUAACACGUCGGCCACGUGUCCUGGACAAUCAGGAGGGUCAACGAGGAAUAUUGCACUGUAUGCUCCCCACGUUUCAAUUCCGGAACUGCAGCACCAGGAUAACCAUGGCGAAAAGACGACAUUCUAUAGCGAAAGCUUAGCUCAGCUAUUUAUUCAUCCAAAUUCUUUGAAGAGAGCAACGCUCAACACGAAGAAGCUGCGCCUGGCUGUUUCACGAAUCUUGCUCGAAUAUAAAAAGAACAAAAUUACAUGGUUGGUUGCUGGGUGGUUCAAACGCCACUACGGCCCCGAUGGGACUCCUUCGAAAGUAAGGAAACAUCACCUAGUAAGCAUUGUACCUCGAAGAAUUCUCGACGUUCAACUAUACGAUGAGAACACUACACCUGGAAAACAGGUUAAACCUAACAUAACGGCUCCCGGAAGGUUCCUCAACCCUGGACCAUCGUAUGUUGGAGAGUUUGACCAAAGGCUGGACGUAGACGAAACCGAAGAAAGUCUGCCAGAAAUCGCAGGUGGCGAUGAUCAAGAGCGUCCAUCUAAACGUUGCCGAGGCGAUGUCAGUAAUUGAUUUCCGACACUCGUGCCUGAAAAUUAUCUACUGAAUUAUUAUCAUCUGGAGUCUUCAUGAAGAUUUGUUCCGUACACAGCGGAACAGUUAUUCUUAUUUUUCUCCUAGUACACCUAAAAAUUUGAGAUCGUCUUUAAAAAUUAACAAUUCUAAACUUCGAAUGGCUUUUAUUAGUGAACCAAUGAAAAUUAUUACUGAAUACUUAUAAGGUAUCAGAUUUUUUAAAUUCGUAGCGAGACGCGAAGAGUCUUUUGCGUAAUGUUGGUGUUACAUUGGGCAACCAAAGUCAGUAUGCUAAAGUACUCGCCAUUAAAGUGCCCUACAAAUGAGCAAUGAUUGGUAGGAUUUCCAGAGGCCAGUAGCUCGAAUUUGUCAUAGCUUUUGCGGCUUAGCGUAUGUGACUGUCUGUAUUCUAUAAGAAUUCUGCUGUUAAGUUCUCUCUCGAUCAUAUAUACAAAUAAGCAAAAGUCCACGGAAAAUUUUGUAAU